AUGAGGCGGCGGGCGGGGCGGGCCCGGCCCGAGCUGCCGCCGUGCCAAGAGGCCGCUCCGGCUGGGAGCCGCUGGGGCUCGGCCAUGUCCGAUUACGAGAUCUCGGUGGGGGAGCUCAACGACCUCCUGGCUAACGGGAGCGGCUGCUACAGCCUCCCCAGCGCGCACAGCAACGAGGUGGUGCCGCGGAUCCAUGUGGGGAACGCGUUCAUAGCCAAGAACAUAACGAGGCUGCAGCACCUGGGGAUAACCCAUGUUCUGAAUGCAGCGGAGGGGAAGUCGUUCAUGCACGUCAACACGAACGCAGAGUUCUAUGAAGGCUCGGGCAUCACGUACCAUGGCAUCAAAGCGAACGAUACUCCCGAAUUUAACCUCAGCCGCUAUUUUGAGGAGGCAGCUGAUUUUAUUGAGAAAGCACUUUCCCAAAAGGAUGGCCAGGUGUUCGUGCACUGCCGCGAGGGCUACAGCCGCUCCCCCACGCUGGUCAUCGCCUACCUCAUGCUGCGCCAGAACAUGGACGUCAAGUCUGCGCUGAGCGCCGUCCGCCAGAAGCGAGAGAUUGGCCCCAAUGACGGCUUCCUAAGGCAGCUCUGCCAGCUCAACGAGCGGUUAGUGAAGGAAGGCAAACUGAAGCCCUAGAACAGAGGUUCUCAAACCAUCGGAGGACGUUUGAGGUGCUUUAGGUUCCCAAAGCCCAACCACCGAGCUAAAUCACAUCACAUGAUGGAGACAGAAUUCCUGCUCUUGUCUAAUGAAAGUGUUUCUCGAACUGUGGCUCUGUCUUUCAAGAUGGCACAAAAUCGUGGCGCCGUUCGGAGCUGUUGCAAUGAAGAGGUGUUGUUAGAGGGGUAACUCCCGUGAUAACAGCUGUUCACAUGUAUUUCAGGGCCCCCUGCAGACUCUGUAGCGUAUGUGGUUUGCAUUGAUGUUGAGUGUGAUUUAUUUAGGCUUAGUCUUGUAUCUCACCGGAGCACCAGUUUCCGAGAGCCCCGACACGUCUUCACUCAGUCUUAAUUCAAGUACUGUAUUUUUUAAAGCUUCUUUUUCACGCACACAGGUGCCUAAAGCUCGAGUGUAGGAGCUUCCAGGAGUGGAGCAGCAUAUAUACAAAUGCACAGAUGCACUUGCUUGUAAAAUGAAGUGUACACGUUGUUGUGUUCAGUGUGGAUUUAUGCAAUACACAGUGUGUUAGUAAAGCCAUUCAGAGCCCAAUCUUGAUGCACACUGUAUUUCCAAUAGUAUUUAUACCUCUUGCUGUUGUGAGUGACUUGAAAUAGUCUGAUACUAAAUACCUUUUUAUUUUUGUUUUGAAGUCAUACUAGAAAAAAUAUCAGGAGCAAACGUUGAGGAGGAAACUUGAGCAAGGAAGAAAUAACGUCUGUGUUUCGGAGCGCCUGUGCUGGGUGUGUGGUAAAGUCCUGCAUAUCAAACACAAGCCCGAGGCUUGGAUCCAAUUACCGUGGCUCUCCCUGCCUUCCUGUCACUACUUCAGUAGCACCACGACCUGUUUACCUCAGCAUAACCGAUUCAACAACCGUUUUGUAACAGGAGGGUGGAGAGGAAUAAAUAAGACAAGGCUAUAAAUUGAUGUUAAAAAUCGAGCUCUAAGGCGGUGCCUCCUAUUCUGAGUUACUGAUGGGUGACUCAGUAACGAAACCAUUUCUAGUUCUGCUUUUAGCGUAGGCUAAAAAUAGGAUGUCAGAUGGAUCGUACCCGUCCUUUCAGCGUUAUCUCGCUGGGUAGGAACAGUAGCGUUGCGCGUUCCUCUGCCUAUCUGAGCUGGCCAAGAAGAGCUCGGAUGCCCCUAAUCUGUAAUGAUAUGCUGUAUACGUCUGAAUUUCGGAUUGUGGAAGGAAAGAUUGCUAUAAAAAUGGGAAUGAGAGCCUCCUUUGCGUGUAAUACGACAUGGAGAAGGUAUUGGAAGAAAUGCACCUUUUUAUUCUUCCGAAAUGACCGCGCGCCUGCCCUUUGCGGUGAGCUGUUCCGUACAAGCACGCUGAUGAGGGAAGGCACUUUUUAAACCAACGUGUUGCAAAUAGCAACACUGCGUUUUUGGAAUUGACACCUCUUGGCUAUAACUAAAAUUGUGUCAUCUGGAUUUACGUUGAUAUAUGUGGUACUUUUUGUGUAGGUAGCACUCUGGAGAAGGGACAUGAUCUCUAAAAUAUGCAUAUAUCAUAGAACAAAUGUAUCUACCCUGUCAAAUCCAGCACAAGGAGAGAAAAAGUCAAUAGCUUGGGGUUUUGAUACUUGGCAGUUAGUGAAGUUGGAGGGGGAAGAGUGGAGGCAAGAAGCUAUCAGCGUGUUAUAGCAAGGAACAAAGAGAGAAGAGAGGUAUCUGCUGAGGAUUUGCUUGUGAGAAUUCGUGUCCUAUUUGUUGCUUCUAUUCUGCAAAUAAAUCCCGGAAACCA